AUCAACCAAGAUGCGUCGAAGGCGGCUCGCUUGUUCGCGUCUACCUUGGAAACAUUACAUAUGUAAAUGUUUAUCCCUAAAAUUAACAUCUUUGUAACUACAGUACCGUUAAGUGCCAAAUAUAGGCUUGUUAUAAGGCCACCAGUGAUAUACACUUGGAAAUGUUUUUAUUUUAUUGCAUUAAGUUUUUUUUUUUUUCAUGGCAUCGAUACCUUACUUCCCUCACAGUUGCUUUUUUUUUAUUUUUAUGAUUGCUUCUAUCUAGGACUGUCACUGUAUUUUAGAAUUGAUUAAUUUAUCAGUUAUUCAAUCGAAUAAUUGCCUAAAAAUUAUUUUACAGUUAAUUUCAAAAUCUUUUUCUUUCCCCAAUUACGUUUUGGUAACUUAUUAUUGUUGUUUAUUUUGAGUGUUGUACUACGCAACCUUUUUGAAACGGAGCUCAUUCUUGGGUACUGAAUGAUUCAUGCGAACGAAGGGCUACUUGUUUGUUAUACACUUCUGAGGCUGCUUCAGGUUCAUGUCAAUUACAGGUUAUUCAUACUAUGGCUGCAAAUAACGUUUAUUUUCAUAAUAGACUAAACUGACCAUUUUUUCCCAUAAAUUGAUUAUGGUUAUGUCACUUGUUGGUCUGUUACAUGUCUGAAAACUGUUAAUCAUUGCAAUUGUUAUUGUAAAAGGAGAUGUUUGCGAAUGACUUAUGGUAUUUUGAUUAUACACAAAAGAUAAUCAGUCUGCUUUCAUGGAGGACUACAUAAAUUGGACAAUAUUUACAGUUGAGAGGCUGAAAUCACAGGAUUUGGACAAUUUUAAGCCUUCUCCUAGGAACUGUUUUAUUCACUCAUCUUUACAUUAUGCCAUCCUUCGGUUCAACCUAUUUAAAAAAAAAAAAAACUUUGUCUUCUUUCCAUCUAUCCUGUUUGUCACACCUGUUUUUAUUCAUGCACCACUCCUGUUGCAUAACCCUACUUUUCUCCCUUCCCCCUCCUCAGACCUGCUAUUUUUCCUAGCAUCUUUUCCUUCCUUCCUCCCUUCCUUCCUCCCUUCCGUCCUCCCUCCCUUCCUUCCUUCCUUCCUUGAUUCCUUCCUUCCUUCCUCCCUCCCUCCCUGCCUGCCUUCUUUCCCUUGAACCUGAUUUUUAGUCACACAUCGAUACAUUCUUCCCUUUUGACCUAGUGUGUGUUUGUACGUGUAUGUGUGUUGAAAGUGAACACUCACAGGCCAUAAUAUUGGGUACACCUUUCCACAUCCAGUGAGAUCCAAUACAAUACAGUGUUUUAUUCUGACAGGUGUUGCUGAAGGUCAAAGUAUACAACUCUCAAGUGUAUUGACAAAAACAAAACGAUGAACAAAUCUCUUAGCCAAUCAAAAUGUAUUAUGUUAAAGACAAAAUUGUAUUGGGUCUCAUUAGGUUUUGUAUCGCAUGUUUUGAUGUUGCUAAGCAGCAGCAUCCUCCUGCUCUGUCAGGUGAUGUGUGUGUGUUUUAUGUUUGUACUCCAAUGCAUUCCAGUGAACCCCCAAUUUAUUGUGGGGGAUAUGUUCCAGUCCCGCUGAUAGAGUCAAAGGACAAUAUGGCCACCAUAGUCGCUGUCAGUCCCAGUGAAUAUCUCCAGCCCUCUACCACCACCACACAGGACAGUCAGCCGUCCCCUUUGGCCCUGCUGGCUGCCACCUGCAGUAAGAUCGGACCCCCCGCCGCCCAAGCCCCCGCCACAUCGCCGCCAGCACAGCCGCAGCCUCGCCGCCUCCUCCCCAUCAAGCCAGCUCCCAUCGCACCCGCGCCCCCCAAGAACCUGGGCUUCCUCCAAGCCAAGGGCAAUGUGAUUCAGCUCCCCGCCGGGCUGGGCCCUAGCACGCCUGGCAGCCCCAUCGUGCUCACCAUCCAGCAGAGCCCGGGCCACCCCAGCCCCCAGGCCCCUGGCAACAUCCAGUACCAGGUGAUGCCGCAGAUCCAGGGAGCCCAGACCAUCCAGGUGAUGCCGCAGGGGGGCCAGAUCCAGCUCAUACCGGGCACCAACCAGGCCUUCAUCACCACUCCCAUGUCCUUGCCGGCCCAGGCGGCCGCCGCCCCCGUAGCUGCCCCUAUCCCACCACAAAAGACUGUCGCCAUUAAACCCUCUCCCAAAAUGAGGAAGUCGAGUGCCACUGCCAACGUGGUGCAGCUGCCCGGCGGACUCACAUUGCCGCUCAACGUGGCGACAGGGGAAGUGGGCGGCGCGCAAAUCAUAACCGAGACGGCGGCAGUGGCACCCACUAUCGCGGGAAAGCCACGACGAGGUAGGAAGAAGAAAGCGAUGCUUGCCACUCAGGCGCCGCCCGCAGUGCCACCGCCGCCGCAGGCUCCCUCGCCUCCCCCAGAACAGUUGGAGACUAUCUUGAUCGAAGCUGCUGACAAUAUCAUUCAGGCGGGAAACAACCUGUUGAUUGUGCAGAGUCCGGGCCAACCGGCGCUGGUUCAGCAGGUGCAGCUAGUGCCCCCCAAGCAGGACCCUCCGGUGGUCCAGAUCCCCCAGCAGGCUCUGAAGGUGGUGCAGGCCGCCUCUGCCUCACUGCCGCCCGUCCCGCAGAGGCAGUCGCCCGCGCCCUCCUGCCUGCAGGUGGCGUCACCGGACACGGCGCCAACACAGAUCUUUUUCAAGACGGGAGCUGGCGAGUGGCGGUCCGUGCAACUCCAGGACGCAGUUUCCUCACCAACAACGCCUACCACUCCCGUCGCCACGCCCGCCUCGCCACCCCCUCCCAUCACCAAGAAGUCAACUGCGGGCGGCAGGAAGGAGCGCACCCUGGCCAAGAUCGCACCGGCGGGCGGGAUGAUGUCACUGAACACAUCGCAGCUGUCGUCUGCAGCGCAGGCGGUGCAGACCAUCAGCAUUAACGGCGUCCAAGUGCAGGGAGUUCCUGUCACCAUCACCAACGCAGGAGGCCAGCAGCACUUGACGGUGCAGACCAUGCAGGGUGGAGGCCUCCAGCUGGCGGGGGUGGCGGCUCCGGGCCAACCGGCCAUCCACGUAGACCAGACGCUUACGCUUGAACUCCCCGGACAUGCCAGCGAGAAAAAGAGACGCAUGGCCUGCACAUGCCCCAACUGUAAAGACGCAGAGAAAAGGCCGGGUGACGUGGGCAAGCGGAAGCACAUUUGUCACUUUCCCGGCUGUGACAAGACCUUCCGCAAGACGUCGCUGCUGCGAGCACACGUCCGCCUGCACACGGGCGAGCGACCGUUCGUCUGCAACUGGGUGUUCUGCGGCAAGCGCUUUACGCGUAGCGACGAGCUGCAGCGGCAUGCCAGGACGCACACGGGAGACAAACGCUUUGAGUGCAGCCAGUGUCAGAAGCGUUUCAUGAGGAGCGACCACUUGACCAAGCAUUUCAAGACGCACAUAAACACCAAGAACCUGUGAGAGGAAAAA